AUGUUCCAGCUGCCCAUCCUCAAUUUCAGCCCGCAGCAGGUGGCCGGGGUAUGCGAGACCCUGGAGGAAAGCGGGGACAUUGAGCGCCUGGGGCGCUUCCUCUGGUCCCUGCCCGUGGCCCCGGCGGCUUGCGAAGCGCUCAACAAGAACGAGUCGGUGCUGAGAGCCCGGGCCAUCGUGGCCUUCCACACGGGGAACUACAGAGAGCUCUACCAUAUCCUGGAGAACCACAAGUUCACCAAGGAGUCCCACGGCAAGCUGCAAGCCCUGUGGCUGGAAGCGCACUACCAGGAGGCGGAGAAGCUGCGGGGCCGACCCUUGGGGCCGGUGGACAAAUACCGGGUGAGGAAGAAGUUCCCUCUGCCGCGCACCAUCUGGGACGGCGAGCAGAAGACGCAUUGCUUCAAGGAGCGGACGAGGCAUUUGCUGAGGGAGUGGUACCUGCAGGACCCUUACCCCAACCCCAGCAAAAAGAGGGAACUGGCUCAGGCCACGGGACUUACCCCCACGCAGGUGGGCAACUGGUUCAAAAACCGCAGGCAAAGGGACAGGGCGGCGGCCGCCAAGAACAGGCUACAGCAGCAGGUCCUAGCGCAGGGCUCGGGGCGAUCGCUGCAAGCGGAGGAGGAGAGCGGAGGGGAGGCGGGGGGGGCAGCCUCCAGCCCAGCCGUCAGCCUCUGCAGCAAAGCGGCCACCUCCGCCAUCUCCAUCACAUCCAGCGACAGUGAAUGUGACAUCUGA